GUCAAUAUCGCUCUAGAUCUUAACCUGACACGUGUGCGUCUAACUUAACAUUCUGCAAAGGAUGUCCUCGGACGAAGCUUUAAGAAAUGGUGUCCGAGCAAAUCUGAAAGCCUGGAUUGAGAAGUUGCGAUGUGGUUGGGAUCUUGAAAAGCAGGCAUUCUUCAAGAAAAAGUUCAUCCAGAGACUGAGGGAGUCUCCAGUAGCCAUAGAAACAGAUAAAGCCAAUGAGCAACAUUAUGAGGUCCCAACAGAGUUUUUCUUGACUGUUCUUGGCAAGAGGCUGAAGUACAGUGGUUGUGACUGGCCAGACGGUUGUUCAUCACUGGAACAAGCUGAAGACAUAUCACUAAAACUUAUAUGUGAACGAGCUGGCAUACAAGACGGGCAAUCAGUUUUAGACCUGGGCUGUGGAUGGGGCUCUCUGUCCUUGUAUAUCUGCGAGAAGUUCCCGAGAUGUCAAGUGACCUGCGUGUCCAACUCCAAUACGCAGCGGGCCCUUAUUCAGCAGAGGGCACAGGAGAGAGGCUUCCAGGGCCGCCUUGAAUGCAUCACGGCUGAUGCCAACGUCUUCUACACGGCUAAUCGAUUUGAUAGGAUUUGCUCCAUCGAAAUGUUUGAGCACAUGAAGAACUAUGAGGUGCUGAUGCAGAGGGUCUCCUCAUGGCUCAAGCCAGCAGGAAAGCUGUUCAUACAGGUCCUAUGCCACAGUCGCUUCCCAUACGCCUUUGACACGAAGCCAGGCUCUGACACGGAGUGGAUGGCAAAGAACUUCUUUACGGGUGGUACCAUGCCCUCUGUGGACUUGUAUCUAUAUUUUCAGAAUGGCGUGCGGAUUGAAGACUACUGGAUUAUUAAUGGCAAGCACUACAGUCGGACACUUGAGGCUUGGCUUACACGAUUAGACGAAAACCGGGACAAAGUAAUGGAUGUUCUACGCAAGGCAUAUGGUGAAGACGCAGACCAACAAAUGUUUAACUGGAGGCUUUUCUUCAUUUUCUGCUCGGAAGUGUUCGGAUACGACGGUGGAAAUGAGUGGAUUGUAUCGCAGCAUUUGUUCAAGAAAAAUCAGUUGAGUUCUUUGUAAAAAAACAACGCAGGAAGCAAGCUGAAUCCACCAGAAAUCACCAUCGUAUAUCCUUUAUUUAGCAAAUAUUGCUAUUUGUUAGUCUGUCACACACUAAACUGCUUUCGUUUGAUUAUCAAUUUAAUUUCGCGUAGGUUAUACUGCACACUUAAACUUUAAAUAGUUGCAGAAGUUAAUUUUGUGAAUGUAAUUAUAUUCACCCCUUUAUGGUUCAUAACUUUAAAUGUUUACUUUUUAAUCAGUAAAAUGUAUUGUUAGUCAGCUUCUUUGAAAGUGACCGCCAUGUUAAGUUCAGGCGCGAACUAUUUUUCGUCUGUAAGCUAGGUCUCGACAUCUGAUCAGUAUUAACAUUUUUGUUUUUUAAACCCCCACAAACGAAGUUUAGGGGGGUAUAUAGGAGUGAACUUGUCUGUCGGUCGGUCUGUCGGUCCGUAAUAAAUGUCCGCUCUCUAAUUCAAGUAGUUUUCAUCCGAUCUUCACCAAACUUGGUCAGAAGUUGUAUCUACAUGAUGUCUAGGCCAAUUUCGAACAUGGGCCUUGCCGGGUCAAAAACUAGGUCAAAGGGUCAUUUAGUGCGUUUUAAACAUUCAGCAUGUUGUUCUCUCUUCUUCAAGUAGUUUUCAUCUGAUCUUCACCAAACUUGGUCAGAAGUUUUAUCUAGAUGAUCAGUGCUCACUCUGGCCUUCAGAAAAUAAUAGCCAUAAUUUUUUUCCUUAAAAAAAUAAUAGCCAAAACAUAUGCGGACUUUUCCGCAAAACGGUACUGAAGGCAAAAAAAAAAAGAAAAACAAUGAAUCUCAUUUUAUCUAUGUUUUAUGAAAUGUAUAUCUAUUGGUUUUAAGUUAUAAUUUAAAUAUAUACUUAAAAACAAGCAUAAUAUCAGUGUGUCAUUUUCUUAUAAAAUAUUAUCAUGGCUUUACAAUAAAGAAUACAUUCAAUGUUGUGGGUGUGACUUAACAAACCAGAUCUAAGCUCCAGUUACAUACACAUAAGAAUUAAGGGCAGAGGCCCCAACCCACCCAGAGCCCUGGGCUAUACUAUUUUUUAUAGUUUUUCCAAUUGCAAUUUUUGGUGAAUACAACUCGAAAUAUUAUCAACCACACCUUCCGUAUCACCGCAUGUGUAUUCGUCAUUCUAUUUUUGCUAUUAUGAACUUCGAAAAUAAAUCAUAAUCGACGAAAAAAUACAGAAUCCGAAAACGGUAAUCCGAAAAAUUGUACGCGUUUUGCACAUGAAAUAUGCAUAAUAUAAAAUAUUAAUAUGCAUAAUCUAAAAUGUGCAUAUCGUUCGACUACUUUAUCUCUUUAUACGACGUUUGCCAUCGGCCGCAAUAUUGUAGGCAGAGGCCAAUAUCAAUUGUAAAUGAUUUAUUCCAUCAAUUAACGUCACAGCGCGUGAGUUAAAAUACACCACCUCAGUGUAAUUCCAAACACGUGUUUGCUGGCCAUGGAAUAUGCCGGGUCCCUUUGAAUUGGAAAAACCAGGUUACCUGGUUAAAAAUUGAAAUCAUUAUGUUAAAGCAGACGACAACAGCGGUAAUUACGGGGAUAAUUAGUUGAUGGCGAUUAAAUAAUUAUUUCAUCAAGCAAUGUUCAGCGUAAUCUAAUUGCAGAAAAAACGGCGUGAAAAACUAAACCAGCCGACAAUAUAAGCGGCGAUUUCAUGACGAUUAAAUAAUAAUUGGCGAAAAUUUAUCAAAGAUCUAACAGUUACCGAUAAUUGGUAAAGCAAGGGGAGAUUAAAAACGUUUUUUCCGAAAUAUAUCACUGCUGUCGGACACUGAUUGAGAAAAACGCUCCAGGCCACAAUGUCGCAAAAGUUAUUGACGCGUGUAUGACAAUACACAGGGUCGAGUGUGUACACAGGUAAUCUCGUUUAUCGAUUUUCCUGCUUGAUGGACCGAUUUGCAGGCGUUUCGCAUUCGCCGGACAACAUUAAGAGGCAAUUUGUUUUUUGAUGUAGGAGGAUAAAAUAAUCGCCAUUUUUUCUAGACAAUUUUAAGAAAUAAUAGCCAGUUGGAUAAAAUAAUCGCCAUUGGCGAUAAUGUCUGGCAGCAGCGUGAGCACUGGAUGAUCUGAAGGCCAUGUUCGAACAUGGGCCAGGCCAGAUCAAAAACAAGGUCACAGGGUCACUUAGUACGUUUUACACAUUGAGCAUAGUGUCCGCUCUCUAUUUCAAGUAGUUUAAAUCUGAUCUUCACCACACUUGGUCAGAAGUUGUAACUAGAUGAUGUGUAGGUCAAGUUCGAACAUGGGCCAUGCCGGGUCAAAAAUAGGUCACGGGGUCACUUAGUGUUUUAAACCUCACCAUGUUGUCCGCUCUAUAAUUCAAGUAGUUUAUAUCCAAUCUUCACCAAAAUUGGUCUGAAGUUGUAUCUUGAUAAUGUCUAGGGCAAGUUUGAAUAUGGGUCAUGCCGGGUCAAAAACAAGGUCACGGGGUCACUUAGUGCGUUUUAAACAUCACAAUGUUGUCCGCUCUCUAAUUCAAGUAGUUUUCAUCCAAUCUUCACCAAACUUGGUCAGAAGUUGUAUCUUGAUGAUGUCUAAGUCAAGUUUGAAUAUGGGUCAUGCCGGGUCAAAAACUAGGUCACGGUGUAUCUUUGUGCGUUUUAAACCUCACCAUGUUGUCCGCUCUCUAAUUCAAGUAGUUUUCAUCCUCACCAAACUUGGUCACAAGUUUUAUGUAAAUGAUUUCUAGGACAAGUUUGAACAUGGGCCAUUUCGGGCCUAAAACUAGGUCAGGGAGUCACUAAGUGCGUUUUUAACAUUCAGCAUGGUAUCCACUCUCUAAUUCAAGUAGUUUACAUCCGAUCUUCACCAAACUUGGUCAGAAGUUUUAUGGAGAUGAUCUUAAGGCCAACUUAGAAUAUGGGCCUUUCUGGGUCAAAAACUAGGUCAAGGGGUCACUUAGUGCGUUUUAAAAACUGAGCAUGAUGUCUGCUGUUUUUUUGUGAAGACAUGCAAAAUAUUAUGUGUCAAUGCGGCAUGUGGGGGUAUUCGUCACGUCUGUGACAAAGCUCUAGUUAUAAUUUAACAGUAAUCCUUUGAGAGUAUUUGGAUGUUUCGCCGAGAUACAGCCUAGUCAUUUGUUGCAUUAUAGAAAGGUUAAUUUUUUUAAUUUGUUAUUUCUCAUGAGGCGGAGUUUUUUACUGGCUCACCUAUUCACACGCCUUACCAUUUGUUAAGUUCGGCAAUUGUUUCAAAUAUCUAUGUUCAGCUGAUUAUUUGUAAAUACUGCUUUUCGUUAAAGCUGUUCAGUUGACCAAAGACCUGUAUAUGAUGUGUUGAGUUUAGAAUUAUUUGACCAAAGAGCUGUAUAUGAGGUGUUGAGUUUAGAUUAUUAUAUAACAGUAUUAAAUUGUUGAAACUUU